AUUUUGGCGAGAUAUAUAUAUAUAUAUAUAAAUGCAUUCACUUGGGAGUUGAGAACUAGACGCAGUGAUUAUUCAUUUCAUAACUCAUAGCAGCAGGAAGUAAUAGAUAGAUUAGCAGUUCGGUGACAUCGGCGCCACGCCAUGAGAAAGAGGGCAAGAACCAGCCUUGACACCGCCGUCGUCGAUCUCUGGAAACGAGAGGUCGGCGACCUCUCCACCAGAAACUUCGCUCACCGUCUUGCUGCAUCUGAGGAUCUUGUGCUUCGUCUUGACAUCUUUGGGAAGCUGGAUAAACACAGAGGUUGUGUGAACACAGUUAACUUUAAUGCUGAUGGAGACAUUCUCAUAUCGGGUUCGGAUGACAGGAGAGUGAUAUUGUGGGAUUGGGAAGGUGGGAAUGUUAGACUGUCAUUCCAUUCAGGCCAUCACAACAAUGUCUUCCAAGCAAAAAUCAUGCCAUACACUGAAGAUAGAAGCAUUGUAACUUGUGCUGCUGACGGACAGGUUAGACAUGCUCAGAUACUGGAGCGUGGAAAAGUGGAGACUAGGCUCCUGGCUAAGCAUCACGGACGAGCUCAUAAGCUGGCCAUUGAACCUGGAAGCCCGCAUAUAGUUUAUACCUGUGGUGAAGAUGGAUUAGUUCAGCAUAUUGACCUGAGGACUGGAGUUGCUACAGAACUUUUUACAUGCCAACCUAUUAGGGAAAGGAGUUUCCUGUCAGUUGUUCAACUAAAUGCAAUUGCAAUAAAUCCAAGAAAUCCCAAUUUAUUUUCUGUUGCUGGAGCAGAUGAAUUUGCUCGACUUUAUGAUAUUCGCAAAUAUAAAUGGAAUGAAUCAACUGAUUUUGGUCAGCCUGUUGACUUCUUUUGUCCCACUCAUUUACGUGGUGAUAAGCAUGUAGGGAUAACUGGAUUGGCAUUCUCAGACCAGAGUGAACUUCUCGUGUCCUACGCUGAUGAGUUCAUUUAUCUUUUUUCGAAGGAUAUGGGACUGGGACCUCACCCAGUACCACCUUCUCCUGUGUCCAGCAGUAGUGAUGGUACUGAAAUGGGUAAUGAUCACCGGACAAGUUCAUUUCCAGCAGACAUGGAUGCUGAUGCUCUAGCUGGUCCCCAAGUUUUCAAGGGGCACAGGAACUGUGACACAGUUAAGGGUGUGAACUUCUUUGGUCCUAAGUGUGAAUAUGUGGUGAGCGGAUCAGAUUGUGGGAGAAUAUUCAUAUGGAAGAAGAAAGAUGGGGAGCUUAUUCGGGUUAUGGAAGCUGAUAAGGAUGUCGUAAAUUGUAUUGAGCCUCAUCCUCAUACCAUGGUGCUAGCUAGCAGUGGAAUUGAGAGUGACAUAAAACUAUGGACUCCAAAAGCCCUUGAAAGGGCUACUUUGCCGACAAACAUUGAAAAGGUACUAAUUCCUGGUCGAAUUCAUUUCUUCCCCAUUGGCGGAUAUGAAGAUGACAGUGACGAUGAUGACGAGGAGUAUUUCUAUUAUGAUGGUGGUGAUAGUGAGGACUUUAGUGAUGAUUAUGAGGAAGAAGAGGAAGAGGAUGAUGAAGAUUCUGUGGUUGAUAAUGAUGAUGAUGUUGAUUGUGAGUCAGUGGAUGUUGAGGAUGAAGAUUCUGUGGGUGAUAGUGAUGAUGAUGUUGGUUGUGAAUCAGUGGAUGUUGAGGAUGAAGAUGGUGAAGAUGAGGAGUUUUAUGACAGUAUAAUUGACGAUUGUGAUGGUUCUUUUGACACUAUUAAUGAGGAUGAGGAUGAGGAUGAUGAGUUUGGUGAUUCUGAUGAUGAUGACUGGCUGUGAUGGGAAAGAAGCGUAUGCAAUGAUUAUAGUUGUAUAGACACUUGGUGAUGAUGAUCACUGUUGCUGAUGAUUUUGUACUUUCUGUUUCCAGCGGAGGCCCAAGAAUCGGCGCUGGAUGUAUCAUCUGGCUUCUCCAGAGGACCUGAUGUUGCAGUUGAUUUCCCUGCAAAGGCGGAGGACAAGCCCUGAGCGUGGAGGAGAGAAUUCAGAUGUGGGGCGGGAGCUGCUACAGCUUAUUUUGUCAUUGAAUGGGAACAGCGAAGGUUCCUCUGAUGAUGGUGGGGAUACAACCAGUGCUGAAGAUUGUCUCAAUUGAGCCAUCUUAAAGCAAAAACCUUAUGGCCUGCAACAGAAAUUGUACAUAACUUAGUGAAUAAGUUGAAACAUUUUAAGGUAUACUGUUUUGCAUCAUUUGCUUGUUCUCAUGUUUAUCUCUCGUUUUCUUCCCACUUGGUUUCUCUUAUAUGUUUGCUACUGUCCCUGGAAUUGAAUUAUUUAGAAUGAUCCUGUGGAUACAUAGGAAGCUACAAAAGUAAAAGCAGCAAAUGCCUGUUUUUGCAUA